UGUUCCUCUUGCUCACCAGAGGGCGCCGCUUCCCCGCGCUGCUGCUGCUGCUGCUGCUGCUGCUGCUGCUCGACCGCCUGUCUAGCAUAGUCUGCCAUGGGUAAGAAGAAUCAGCGGCGUCUAGACGAGGAGGAGGAGUCGUCCGAGGAGGAAGAGUAUGUGGUGGAGAAGGUGCUGGACCGUCGGGUCGUGAAGGGGCGUGUGGAGUACUUCCUCAAGUGGAAGGGCUUCUCAGACUCGCGGGACGGCGCCGGCGCCAAGAGGAAAAACUCCACCGAGGAGGACGAGGAGGACGGCAAAGCCAAGAAGAAGAAGGAGGAUGAUAUCCUGAUAGCCCGGGGCUUCGAGAGAGGCCUGGAGCCGGAGAAGAUCAUCGGCGCUACGGAUUCCUGUGGGGACCUCAUGUUCCUCAUGAAGUGGAAAGACUCGGACGAGGCCGACCUGGUCCUGGCGAAGGAGGCCAACGUGAAGUGCCCGCAGAUCGUCAUCGCCUUCUACGAGGAGCGGCUCACCUGGCACGAGGACGGGGACAAGAAGGAGAAAAGCACGGUGAACGUCUGAGCCGGGCCUGGGGGGGGAGUGGAACGAGAAGCGGCGUGGGAGGGGUUAGGGGAGGGGGCUGCCGAGCCGGAGACAGACUCUCGCUCCCCUGACCCCUGACCCCCCUCCCCUCUCCGUGGUUGAAUGGACAGGUUACAGACAAACAAAACACAACAAAGAGACACUGCCCGCUCAUCACGAAACCCAAGACGACGACGAUGACAGUGACCCGGGCUGUUUUUAUAAAACUGUACAACGGGAGUGACUGGGGUGGGGUUGUGGGGAGGGUAGACUGACAGCUAGAAGUGUCCCAGGAUGCAUCAUGCUUCUCAAUGUAUUUUUUUCAGUAUUUUUUCAGAUUCAUUCCUUUUAUAGUUUUCUUUUGGUCACAAAUGUUACAGCCUGUCGGUAUGGGGGCCUGACGCAACUGUGCUCUUUGUAGAUUUAUAUAUAUAUAUUAUUUUUUUUGUGUAUUGAUAGGCGUGUAGGAGCAGUAGCGUAGGGUUUUUAGUUGCAAGGAGCCUGUAGGUCAGCAGGUUUCGGCAGAGUGCCCUGUGGACAUGCUGGGCCUGUCCUGCCCCAGCUUCAGUACAAAGGCAGGAGAAAGGCUGGGCAGACGAAGAAUAAGAAUUCAAGAGAUUUGUGCACACUGAUGUCUAGACAAGAGGUGUCAGACAAUGAUAUUUGAGCCUGUCUACGCACAGUCUCCCCUUAGCUGCCAGUGGGUAAAUGUUCUCCUGCACCACUCUUUCUUUUAAGGAGGUAUCAUGGUUUGUUGGCCUACUGCAUCUUUCCCGCGGGCUAAUCUGCCACAGUUUCAGCAGAGCACACAGUCGAGCGGGACUGUAACCCUGGGAGGGAGUGUGGUGGUGUUGGCGGUCUGGUUCAUAGCCACAGGACCUUGGGUUGCUGCAUUUGCAAGUAAGAAAUAAACCAGUUUCCGAUAGGUUUAGUCCAGCUGCCUCUUCACUCUUAUUCUGGGCUGGGGUGCCAUCUGUGUGGAGUUUGCAUGUUCUCCCCAGGUUCUCCAGCUUCCUCCCACCUCCCAAGGACAGGCAGACGAGCCUCACUUGGCUACUCUAAAUUGUCCCUUUCUUCGAGGUCUGGAGCAACAGGCUGGCGCCUCAGCCGACAUGGCCUUGACCUUAUGCUGUCUGCAAUUCUCAAAAUCGACCUCAAGAACAAAGCCAUACUUUUCUUUGCAUCAGGAAAUCCCCAUUGGAACUGAAGUCAUGGGCUAAAGCGAGGAUUCCCCUAUUCUGGUGCUCGGCGACCUCUGUUUUUUUCCUUCCGAGUGACUUUAGCUCACUAGAUCUCGCGUGUGUUCAGGUAGAUCUUUUCCUGAUGUUGUUUGCAGCUCUUGCUAAAAUGGUGGCUUUGGAGGGACUUGGCUGGAGAAGCUGAGUGGUUAGCUGUGGUGGUGGGGUGUGGAGGUGAUCUCCUGCUGUUGCCCAGGGGGUUCAGCGGCCCAGGAUUGGGGGAACCCUGACGUACAGCCGUGCCUCGGAGGGUUGCAGUCCUGCGGGAUUUGUAGGUCUCGUUACACCAGCAGCAGUUGGGUUAUUAGGAUGCCUCACACACGCACACAUACACCAGGGCCAGUUUACGUAGAAGCGACUUCACCAGCCAGCAGGUCUUCGGAUUGUGGGAGGAAACCAGAGGAGAAACCUAAAGGCACCAGUAUGAACCUGGGGAGAACAUGCAAACUCCACACAGACAGCACACCGGGUCCAGAAUUGAACCAAGGGCCUGCUCUGGGUUUUCAAUGCUAACCGCUGCACCACUGUGCCACCCUCUUAGUGAAACUGUUCAUCCAUCCAUCCAUCCAUCCGGUUUCUCCAUUGAUCGCUUAGCUUGAAUGGUAAAACUCCACGCAGUAGGUCCGUUCAAGCGUCGGGCCUGAGUUGUGCACGUCGAAUCAAUUUUGAACCCCUGCCUCCCAACACUCCGAUCACGCCCGUUCACAUCGCUGCUGCCCUCAGCUCGGGGCCGCCCUGGAAGGAGACGCUCGAGUCGCACGCGGAGCUGACCUCAUGCUUCAGGCCGAGCGGCUUCCGUGCGGGAAUUGGGGGGUGUAAAAUUCCUGUGGGAGCCUGCGCACUCUGGCUGGGGUCCUGGACACGGCCAGUCGCUCCUCCGGAUGUCACGUUUUGAGCUGGGAAGGCCGACCUCACGUUGCUAGCGGGGAACUUCAAGACUCAUUUUCUUGUGGACUGGAGCAGUUUGGGAACGAUGGAGGUGCAUUUCUGACGUGUUUUAAUAAUGCAAAGGGUAUUCCUCAGCCUUUUGCGUUGUGGGAUACCCUCCCCAAGACAAAACAAAAACAGGGUUUUAGAAUCUUUGGUGUUGACUAUAGUGAAACGUGUUCCUAGCAGUCUGUGGCUUAAAAGUAUUAACAUCACUUGUUUUUUUUUAAUGUUGUAAACAUCCCUUCCUCCCCUCCCCCUCCCUGACCUCCAGCACAUACAUAAAUUACUCCCAUUUUUUAAACAUUUAAUUUUUUUAAAGAAUUCUUAAAUCUCAACGUAUUAAAAUGUGCAGCGUUUGUGUACGUUACCAUGUCAUUGGAAGUGUUAAUGUAAAAGACUGCUCUGCACUUUUUGAUUUUUGUAUGGUCUUGUAUCAAAAUCUAGUAAACUUAGUUUUCAACAUUCUAAAAAA